AUGAGCAAACUCUUGAAAUUUGAAGGCUACAACUACCUUAGACAACGUCUUGUGCUUGCUACUUUGAGUGGAAAACCAGUUCGCAUUGAAAAGAUCAGAAGCGAUGAUGAAAAUCCUGGUUUAAGAGAUUUCGAAAUGAAGUUCCUCAACUUACUGGAGAAGGUCACUAAUGGUUCCGUCAUUGAAAUUAGUUAUACAGGUACAUCCAUCUUGUACAGACCAGGCGCUAUUGAAGGUGGGCGCAUUGAACAUGAUUGCGGAACAGAUAGAAGUAUCAGUUACUAUUUGGAACCGAUGGUUGCUCUCGCACCCUUUUCAAAGAAGCCAUUUGUGUUGAUUUUACAAGGCAUCACAACAGAUCACAUUGACCCCUCUGUGGACAUUAUUCGUACAGUAUUAUUACCUCAACUAAAGAGAUUUGGUGUGGAUUCAAACUUGGAGCUCAAGAUCACAAAGCGAGGUGCACCACCAUUAGGCGGAGGCGAAGUAGUGUUUUCAUGUGCUCCUAUCCGUCAACUCAAACCAGUUCAAUUUAUCGAUGAAGGACGUAUCAAGCGUGUCCGCGGCAUUGCUUACUGUACUCGUGUUUCGCCUCAAACAGCCAACCGUCUAGUGGAAUCCGCUCGCUCACUGUUAAACAGAUAUAUUCCUGACAUUUACAUUUACACCGAUGUCUAUAAGGGAGCUGAAAGUGGAAAAUCGCCUGGUUUUGCAUUAUCGCUAGUAGCAGAAUCCAACACAGAGGUCUUGUUGUCUGCAGAAAAGGCAGCAGAACCAGGUCAGACGCCUGAAGAUGUGGGUGUAAUGGCAUCUAAAUUGUUGCUGAAUGAGAUCCGUAAGGGCGGUUGUGUGGAUACGACAAGUCAAUGGUUAAAUUUACUGCUGAUGAUAUUGGCACCUGAGGAUGUUGGCAAGAUUAGAAUUGGUGAAUUGUCUGCAUUUACCAUCCAAUAUCUGAGAGACAUCAAGGCAUUCUUUGGUGUGUCCUUCAAAAUCCAACCCGACGAUUCCAACGACACAAUCCUAAUGACAUGUAUGGGCAUUGGCUAUGUCAAUCAAAACAAGAAGACCACUUAG